AUGUCGAGAGGCCAGGCGGGAGCUCAAGACACGGACGUGCGCUGCCGCGACCCCUUCAACCGCACGCACCUCUCCGACGUGGACUGCGAGCGCGCGCGCGCCGUCGCCGGCUACGGGGACCGCGCCUACUGCCAGAAGACCGUCACCUCCAUCAACGGCGGCGAGCAGAAGGUGCUGCGCAAGUGCGUGUUCUCGCGGGAGGCGCUGGACGGGCGGUGCUUCGACCAGCCGCAGAGCAGCGACUUCCUCACCGUGGGAAGGCACUGCUCCACCUGCGAGACGACGCCAGACGGCUGCAACGCCGCCGGGCCCGCCCGACGGCCGCGCUGCUCCGCCGCCAGACCGCCCCUCGCGCUUCGGCGGCGGCGGCUGGCCGCCGCGCGCCUCUCCGCUGAAACGCCCCUGCCGACUCCCCUCCCACCCAGCCAACCCACCACCAACCCCCUUCUCUCGCGCUUGUAGAGCUCCCUCUCGCUCCCACACCUCACCUCGGCGGUUUCAUCCUGAACGUAAUACGUUGAAUGGCCAGAUUUAUUUUUGUUGUCAACGACCAAGCCUAAAACUUUUUAUCCUACCCUUCCGGAGUCUGUUUUGUACUGAUCUCAACAAAAUGAAUAAUUAGAAACUUGUUUCGUAUUGUUACUUAUCAAAAUUGAUGCAUUGGUAAUGUACCGGGCGAGAGCGCUAGAGAUAUUUGAACUAAACACCGCUUCCAAAUAUUCGUAUUUUUGUACAGUCUUUUUUAAAAUAUUCAACGACAAUAAUUGUUUCACAACGAUACCUGGCAGGAACUGUUUAUCUUCUUAUUUCUGUCACAAUAUGUUUCAUUUAGAAAGGUAGUAUGUAGGAAAUGUUCACUUCCUGUCAAAUGUUCAUAUGUUUUAAAAUAAUAGAAAUAUUGAAAGAACGGAGCAUGCACAAAGGAAUGAUGUAGUGACAUUCAGAAUUUGCAUUGCAUUUAUGAGGUUCAACUGCGUAGAUAAUUAAGGUGCGCAAUUGCAGAUCCAAUGUGGCACAAUGAAACUAUGAGAGCAUUCGUCUGCAGAAUAUAUUUACUUAGCAUAGUUUUGUAUUGCAGUUGAAAUUUUAUUCGAAUUAUUAUAUUUGAAUAUAUUAAAACAAUUUCCUUGUCAACUAAUGAAUAUUUAACUCAAAUAAUGCUUUAUUUAAAUUAUAAUUAUUAUCUAUUUUUGAGAUAAUUUGCUCCCUGGUGACUUUCACUCUGGAUUCGCUAUUGUGCGAUCGCAAACUUGUUGUAUGUAAAAUAAGACGUGAUAAUUCAGGAUCGUUAAUGAAUAGUUACUUCGUAAAAUUUGAGCGAGUUAUUUACGAACCAAAAUGAAGAGGUGCCUGGAAUCUUCUGGAUACAAAUCUCCCUCAGUUUCUUUCUGAUUUGUUGUUGUAGAUACUAUGUAAAAAUCUGUGAGUUGUAAAAAAUGAUAUAUUUUUAUCUUAUAUUAAAAUUAACCAUCUUAUUAAUUUUAAGAAUUGGGACAGUUUAACAUAAUAUAGAGGUGUUUGAAAAGACGUUGCAAUAAGUUUGUACCACGUAUUGUGUAAAGUUGUUUAAGAAUGUUCUCGAAAGAAAUUCAUAUAUAAAAACAAUUUGCUUGUAAAAGAACAAUAGAAAAGGUGCCAGUAAUUAGUAAUAUCAAAUUCAGCAUUACGUAAUAUAAAGGUCAAUCAAUUAAUAAUAAAUUCUGGUUCUGGGCACCAACAACUAAUACAUCUCAAUAAAUUAUUUUUUUUGGUUAAAAUAUGUCAAGAUGGAAAAAGUGUAGAGCAGCUGUGAUGUUUUAAGCAAUGUUUAACUGUUCUUUGCCUCUUGGGAAGUCGCAAUGUAACGAAUCAGCCUAUUAAAGGAAUCUGAACGAGUUUUAGUUUUACUGGAAGACAAAAACUAAUUUAUGUUAAAGAUUAAUAGUAAUAUUUUCUAUUCACGAUCUAGAUUUCACUUUUAAGUUUUAUCUGUAAGCCAAUGAAGGAAUAUCACGUGUGUAGAGUAUACGCCAAUAAAUAGCUGUUUCAUUUUCUUUGUAAAAUCCCAAGGUAAAAUGUACGAUCAAAGCUGCCUUACACAACAGCGUGAGAAUUAUGUUUUCUCUUUUACGCAGUUUCCAUUAGAUCUUUCUCACGAAGCCUAACAAUCUGUGACCUCAAACGAAUGCUGAAGCAACCCUCAGUUGCAACAUUCAAUAGGAGAUAUUUAAGGAGAUAUUAGGAAACGGGCAGUAGCCUUUGGAUAUUCAUUAGUACAGGUGGCUUUUUUGUCACUUUUGUCACAUUUUUAUUGUGUAUGUCCGUCCAUACGUGUAGUUAGAGAAACAAUCCUUCUUGCCAAAGCAAGAACUAGUCUGUUUCCGUGUUAGUCCUGUGAAAUUUUGUACAUAACAAUUUUUUAACAAUUUCCCCUUUUGUGUACAUUGCCUGCAGAGUUAUAUUUGUAACAUAUUUUGUGUAAAGAACAACAGAAACAUCUGUAUCUCCAGCUUCAAUAAAAAUUUACUAAAACAUG